AAAAAAAAUGCAUAGGUACUUGCAUUUUAUGUUGAAAAAGUCCUUGAAUUUGUACAUUAUUCAAUUGGAUGUAGCAGACGUAUUUUAAUUUGGAAGGAUGGCUCAAACAAGUGGCGUUGUGCGCUUCUUGCCAGAAGGAGACUGCAUUCUAUCUUCUCCUAGAUCCCUUUUCGAAAUGGAAGGAAAGCCUUGGCCUCCAUCCUUUAAUUCUGAAAUAGCUUGCAGCACUCAGCGUUGCUAUACUCCUAACCUCAACUCUCGGCGGGUCCAAGUUUUGAGAAAGAGUCUUACACCUGAAGCCAGACGUGCUCACCUCGGAAUGUAUAACAGCACGGGCUCUUUGGUUUGUAAUCCUUCGGAGAUAACUCAAAGAUCUGGAAGAGUAACAGCUCCUUGCAGCCCUUUAAGGAAUAGACAAAUUGACCCACUUUACUCACCAGGCAGUAGAAGACCUUUAGUCUUCUCUCAAACGGGACAGAGUUCUAUUGUAACAUUUACAUUCGUCAAGAAGUCCAGUGUACAAACUUUAAAUGGGAUCCCAACACUAUGUGAUUCGAAUCAAGACAAACCGGCUGGUACAGAUAAAAGUCAAGAGGAAUGUGUUAAUACUAAUGCUAAUACUGAAAAAGAGCUGGGGUCCUGCCAAGGAAAAGAUGUCUCAGAUGAAUGUUGCAAUACUGAGCAGAAGGAUGGCUCGCCAAAGCAUAAAACUCAGUCCCCCCAAGGAGUUGGAACACAGCUGGUUUGUAACAACCCUCAAACAGGCCAGAGGGAGUCUGACAGUGAAUCAGGAAGAGGGAGUCCCUGCACUGUGGGUGUCUUAGACUGCCACCUGAGCCUGCAGUUUGACUCUCCUAUUAAAAACGUGAAUAAAAAAAAAUUGACUAAAGAUACAGCAUCUACAAAUAAUACUUCUAAAACCUCAACUCCUUUUCAGAGUCCUCUCCUCAAAAGGCAUGCUGGAGAAAAUCUGUACUGCCACAUUGAUGAAAAGUCACCUAUAAAAACAGCUAUAGAGACUAACGAAGAAUUAGAGAGCAGGUGUCUAAAGAAAUUAGAAUCCAAAGACCAGGUUGAUACAUGGUAUCCAAAGGAGGCGUCUUUACACGCACAGAAGAUCGCAAAAGCAAAGUGGGAAUUUUUUUACGGCUCCCCUGAACAAAGAGCUAGUUUACAGUUGGGUGAAAUCCUAUCAUCCCCCUGUUCACCCAUCUCCACAAACUGCCCGAGGAAGAGAGACUUGGAGCCUUUAAUGAAUGUAUCAGAACAUAGCCUGUGUCAUGUGGAAGUGGAAAUAGAGACAACCCCUUCUGCCAGUGAUAAGAAUGAAAGCUUUGAGACCGGCAUUAUCCGUAGAACUAUCAAAUACUCAGAAACAGAUCUAGACUCUGUCCCACUGAGGUGCUACAGAGAGACAAAUAUAGAUGACAUACUGGCCGAAAAUGAUAUGUUGGAUUCUGCCAUUGGCAGUCAAAAAGACAGUGAGAGCAAUAAAAGCACUACGGAUACCAGUGCUGACAAACAAAAUGAGGAAGAAUCUCCUGUCCAGGAUGUGUCUGGAUUCUGCAGUAAUGUAACUCAGGAGAAUGGUGAAGAUGAUGAAGAUGAGGUUUUUGAAGCAACAAAGUUGGAAGAUACAAAAAGGGAGAAUGUACAAACACCACUCCGAUCUCCACUGCCGUUCCUACUCUGUCACCGACUUUCAGAGGAUGGAAUGGAUUCUUUCAGCAAACAUUUUGAGAGUAUCAUGGAGUCCCACAGAGCCAAGGGCACAUCAUAUUCAAGUCUAGAUUCUAUUGACAUUCUUUCUUCUUCUGUUCAGAAUCAAAACAGCUUCUUCACCUUUGAACUUCCAACCCUAACAUCAGAAACUCAAAAACAGAUUUGCAAGAAUGCUCAGUUAAUUGAAAACAAUUUUGCACCAUUGGCUCAUCUGGAGGCAGAUUCAGGGACAAGUUCCACUACAGAUUCUGCCUGGAGUGAAAAAGACGACGACACGGUUCACAUUCCAGGAGCAACAAAUACAUCAGCCAGUUCUUCGCCAUCAGAAGACAGCUUAAUUAUUGUAGCAGAUACAGCUAUUCAAAGUGAACCUCCCCUUGGCAAUCUGGCCUCGGAAUUUGACUCUGAGAUGGACAGUACUGAGCGUUUGGCUUUAGGAAGCACGGAUACUUUGUCUAACGGACAUAAGGCUGACCAAGAAGCGGCAAAACGUCUGGCAAAGAGAUUGUAUAAUCUGGAUGGGUUCAAGAAAGCUGAUGUGGCCAGGCACCUGGGGAAGAAGUACGUCAAUGAGUUCAGUAAGAUGGUUGCUGAAGAAUACCUGAAGUUUUUUGUGUUCACUGGAAUGUCUCUUGAUCAAGCUCUCAGGAUGUUUUUGAAGGAGCUGGCACUUAUGGGGGAGACCCAGGAAAGGGAACGCAUUCUGGCCCACUUUUCACAGCGAUAUCACCAAUGCAACAGCAACAGUGUCUCAUCAGAAGAUGGUGUUCACACCUUGACCUGUGCGCUGAUGCUCUUGAACACAGACCUGCAUGGCCAUAACAUUGGUAAACGGAUGUCCUGCUCAGAGUUUAUUGGUAACCUGGAAGGUCUCAAUGGAGGAAAGGAUUUCCCCAGGGAACUUCUCAAGGCAUUAUACAGUUCCAUAAAGAAUGAGAAGUUGCAGUGGACAAUAGAUGAAGAAGAGCUAAGAAGAUCAUUGUCAGAACUUGCAGACCCCAACCCAAAGUCCAUAAAGCGCAUUAAUAGUUGUGGAAAGCCAUUUCUCGACUUCUCUCAAGACCCCAACAUAACCACCUACAAAUAUGGAGUAUUGGUUCGCAAAAUCCAUGCUGAUCCUGAUUGCAAAAAAACACCAAGAGGAAAAAGAGGUUGGAAGACAUUUCAUGGCAUAUUGAAGGGAAUGAUCCUAUAUCUGCAAAAGGAGGAAUAUAAACCAGGCAAGCCUAUUUCUGAAGAAGAUUUGAAAAAUGCAAUCAGCAUCCAUCAUUCUCUAGCAACCAGAGCAUCUGAUUAUAACAAAAGACCAAAUGUUUUCUAUCUCCGAACUGCAGACUGGAGAGUGUUCCUCUUUCAAGCCCAGAACUCAGAACAGAUGCAUUCAUGGAUCACUCGAAUCAAUGUAGUGGCUGCUAUGUUUUCUGCUCCACCCUUCCCUGCUGCGAUUGGAUCACACAAGAAGUUCAGUCGACCUCUCCUACCAAGUUCCAUCACCCGACUUUCACAGGAGGACCAGGUUAAAACACACGAAUCCAAGUUUAAGAAUAUGUCAUCAAGUUUAAUAGAACAUCGCAUAUCUCCUCCGGACAAGAAAGUCAAAGGAAAAGAGGUGGAUGAAUUUAAGCAAAAAGAAGACUACCUAGAAUUUGAGAAAUCUCGUUAUGGCACCUAUGCUAUGCUAUUGAGAGCCAAGCUCAAGGCAGGCACCGAAGACUUGGAAGCUUUCGAAUCAACCCUGUUUGACGCGGCAGAAAAUGAUGAAGAUGGUCUCAAAAAGUCACAUUCUAGUCCUUCGUUAAAUUUGGACCCACCCGCCUCAUCGACCAAAGCAAAAUGCCACUUGUCUUCACGAGCAAGUUGCCGGCCAGCUCACAGCAGCAACAGGCAAAAAUCCUGAAUCCGUUGCCAGUGCCAAUUUUGGUGAAAGAAGCAUUUGGGGCAUUUUCCCCUCAAUACCUAGUAUGUUGGGUUGAGAGCCAGUACCAAGAACUAUUGCAUGAUUUAAUAUUUCUUGCAGCUACGGGCUCUUCCAGGAUGAGCCCUUGCAGAGCUUUUGAUAAUCGUGUUGGAGGUCCCAGUCAUGAUGGAUUGUGAGAAAUUAGCUGUACAAUCACUACAAGCACUGCCUGCGUGUAGCAUACACGCACCUACCAUGAAGUGUGAUCGAAGAGCAAACGCCAAGUGAGUGAAAGUAAAUAUCGUUCUGUGGCCGGAUAAGGGAUUCCAAACCUUGUGUUUAUAUUUAGAGCCAUUCAACUCCAGUGGGACUAUGUUUUUAAUUUUACGUAUGAAGGAUCACCAGAACUAAAAGAAACAACCCCUUGAAAUUGGGAUUUUCACAUGGAUUUUAUUAGGGAAACACCUACAGCACACAAAGUUUACUAUAUCAUGUUUUUAAUGGAACACACAAGAUGAAUGCCUACAAUUCUAAACAAAAAAGGGCGAUGUACAGUAUUUCUACGCUAAUUUUAUAUAUCACAUGGUAACACUCUAGGACAGAGAAGGAGUGAAAAUGAAACACACCUUACGGAUUUCUCUGGGGGCUUUGGCAAGUGGCUUGUCCAUUUUAGGACUUAGCCAUUUUUGACCAGGUUCCUGAUGGAUUUCUCCUUUUUUGUGACAUUUUUUGCACUUUUACUAUUUAAUGAGUCUAAGAUUGUCAUGCUGAUUUUUGUAGUUUUAAUGGUCCUUUUGAGAACUGGGAAAAUAGUACCUUUCAUAAAAUUUCUGAAUGUCCAUUUUCAUUGAAACUGUUAAGGGAAGACUAUCCUUGCCAUGACAAGACAGGAGUGACACCUUAAUCUCUGCAUGUAUCAAAGUGGAUAGGAACAUUUGUGGCAUCUGGAAUUUUGAAUAAAUACCAGCAGAAUUUUAGUGUGUUCAGUAGAUGGUGAUUUGUGUUGAGAUGACAACUGGCUUUCAAAAUGUCGGACAAAAUCUGCGUAGUCUGAAAUAAUCUACAACUCGGUUGAGUUGGAAAUUGUUGUUUUCUAACUCAUCUGCUGGUUGACCUACGUUGUGCAUAUCUGUUGUCUUCUAACACGACACAUCAUUUGGUGAAUAUGACCCUCACUCUACAACCGCUUCCAAAAAUAAUCUUUACCAGCUGGGGGAAAAAAGGUACAGGUUGGAAUUCGGGGUAUGGCAGUUAUUACUUGUAAGUAACCUGAGAGACCUAGAAUUGAGUUAGAAGGAAUUCUUAUGCGAAGCACUAAAGCCAUAGAAUGUGACAAACACUGUUGAAUGAUAUCAUGACUCAGUGAAUAAGGCUCAAAACAGCUCUCCACCACUUUUAUAUCCAUUGGUAAACUUAAAUGAGAUGUAGUCAACCUUUUGGCACUACGACAGUGUUCUUCUGCAGCUAAUCCUCAGUUGCCUAUUACUAACAUAGAUCUUAAAAGGUUUUACGGUCCAUUUUUCUAUUCCAAGGCUUGUAAUAUUCAGAAAGUGCAUUAUUUUAACUUUGAAAACAAGUUACUGGCCCCCGGAAAAAAAUAUUUUAUCUUUAACACAGUAACAAAAUAUGAAAUUAUCUGGAGAGAAUCUAAUCUUGCUUCUUAAAUCCAGACAUGAAAGAAAAUAAUUUAGUCUAAAAAUCUGCAAACCUUCUAAUUUUCAUUAAAUAAAAACUUAUUGCAAGUAUAAUACCCAAGGCAAUUGAUGCCAUUGGUUAUUUAGUAACGAGCAGUACUCGUUCAUUAAGAGCUUGUUUAAAGUGAUUCCUACCAAUGCUAAUUACACUCACCAUUGCUGUUUGGCAGGAAUCGGGAAACAGGAAGUCCAGCAGGUUUUAUGCAAUCUUUAAUGAGCGCCUAGUGCUGGGUUUUAAGAAGUGUAAGCUUUUAAAAAUGUAACAGUCUAAUGUUAAAGGUUUUUUUUUCACAUGCCCAUGGGCUUCAUUAUUAUGCAGAGAGCCUGACUGAGACUACCUACGGAGCUAGAUCCAUAAAGUUUAAGGUCAUUUGUGGAAUCCGUCCUUAUAUGUUAAAAGCAGUAGGAGUAGUUAUUCUACAUAUAUUACCCUUGUUCUACUAAGCAUCUUUGCCUGGUUCAGAAUCAACGACCAUUAUCAAACAAUGCAACCAAUGUGAAGCAGUUUGUUCACCUGUAGAAAUAUCCCUUACAUAGGCCUUACUAGGACAGACACAUAGAUCAACAAUGGUAAUUAAGUAGCACAAUACUUUUUUCCGCUUUAAGAUCAGGGUACUCAUUAAAUAUGAUGACGGAGGAUAAUUUAAAAUAAUGUAAUGGACCGGAGGAACCUUUUUUUUUUUUUUAAUAUUAUAUUUGAGAAAAGCAUUGCAUACAUCACAUUGUUCAUUGAUGAACGCACUACCCGUAAAUGAGAAAGGAGCAGAAACGUGGGUUAUUAGUUAAUCAAUUGCUUGCUAGAGGCAAAUUUACGUGUUGGCAAUGGCUCACAUGCAGCUUUGAUAUUUCAUGUGAAGUUUCUGUCUUCGUUUUAAAUUAGGUAACUGGAGAGCUUUAUUUUCUGCCUGAAAAAGGGUUGUGUAUAGAAAGCAGUUCUGGUACUACUUUCUAAGAUUGGAGCGAUCAGCAGUUACAUUUAUAUUGUUUCCACGGUGACUGGUCUACCUUUAGAAGGUUGCCAAGAAAUUCUCUUUUUAUGCAUAACCGCAAGUGUUUCAUCAACCUGUAUUGCUCACCCUGAGAAAAAAAAAAAGGAAAAGAAAAAUCCCACAUAUAAUCAUCUUACUAUUAAAAUGAGUCGUGAUGCACUUUCUGCAAUGUGUUACUUUGCCCCGUUCCUAACUUAGAACAUUUUAGUCAUAUUCCAUUCUGUUGGUGGCAAGGAACAUCAUUAUCGAAAAAAAUAACUGAGUUACGGUAAUAGACGCAAAAUAAAAAAAAUGGUGUAAAAAAGGAUAAAGAUGGCUAUAAUGUUUUGUUUUUUAUUGUUAUGUAUGUUGUGUAGAAGUGUCUGUUUAUUAAUCCCAAAUGAGAGGCAUGAAAUAUUUAGCAAUCCACAACCGUACAACCUGUGUAUGCCACAGGCAAUGAAUGAUGAGAAUCUCGACAUACUCUCCCACCUGAAUUAAAUUCCAUGUUUACAUCAUCGUUUUUUUAGAAAUAUGUUCAAAGGUAACGAUCUUUUUACUGAUAUUAUAAGAGACAGUAUUACUGUCAUUUUUUAAUUUUAAGUAAGCUGUAAAAGUAAAAAAAAAAAAGGGCAAAACCGUAUUAUUAUGAGAAAUGUGGCAGUUGUGAUAUAUUUAAUGUACGUAAAGUUUAAUGGUUGAAGAGGAGAGAAGGGAGAACCAGUUUAACCAACAAUUUAUUUGAUGUCACAUUGUAUGGAAAAAGGAAACUUUAGCCAAAAAUGGAUUUGAAAUUCUAUUUUAGAAAUAUUUAGAUUUUAAAUAUUUUGUAGUUAUGCUACCGCUAUUUGGAUAUUAUGAAUAAUUGGGAAAAAAAAUGCAAAGGUGCUGUUCCAUUUAAUCUACCGAAUAUAAUCAUUUGCUGUCGCUGUCAGAUGUUGUAUUAUUUAUAUUUUAUUUCAUUGUGUAGCCAUUUGUCAUGUGAGUGCUUUGUUGCCAUAGCAACAGAAAAGUUUUUUUGUUUUUUUUUAAGUUUUUAAGAGUAAAAAGCAAAUGCAUGUGUAAGUAAUAGAGCACUAGAACAACUACAGCUUACUGUAGUAUUAUGGUGCUAGGAGUGUCCUGGUGCCCUUCCAGAGAAAUCUGUCAAACCGUUUAAGAACAGUUUGCCAACUUACCUGGUUUUGCUGGAUGCCCGGGUCUGUAGCCCCUGCUUCACUGAGCCCAGCAGGGCUGCACUCAUUUGCUGAGAGUGGCAGCUGAGUGUUCUCAGCCAAUGAGGUCCUGUAUCAGCCAGGCUUCACUUAGUGAAGAAAGCUGGAAGCGACACGGGCAUCCAAGUAAGUUGUCCGUUUUAAAACAGUUUGACAAAUUACCCCGGCACCCUCUGAGUGUACUCAUGACACCAUAACCACUACAGCAGCCUGUAAUGGCCAUAGUGCUAAGUGUUUAAGGAGAAAAAGGUAAAUUUGCCAUAUCUGUUGCCUGUUGAAAUUGUAUCAACUAUAGUCUUAAGUAUUGUUUCUAUAAUUACUAUAUAAAGCAGACACAAUUAUUGCAGUUGUCUGAUAUACAAUGUAAAGUUGCAGAUUAUUUAAAAUGCAGCUAAAUUGGUGCUGUCUUAAAAUAUAUAUA